AUGUCUGAAAAAGACGACAAAAAAAGCAUGCCAGCUUUAAACGUGGUUCUGUGUGGGAGGAGAGGAGCAGGGAAGACCUCAGCAGCCAAGGCCAUUUUAGGUCAGACAGAGCUUCAUUCAGUCUCCAGCUCAGAGUGUGUUAAACAUCAGGGAGAGGUGUGUGGACGUUGGGUUUCCCUGGUGGAGCUGCCUGCAUUGAAUGGAAAACCUCAGGAGGAAGUGAUGGAGGAAUCAUUCAGGUGUAUCUCCCUCUGUGAUCCUCAGGGCAUCCAUGCCUUCAUCCUGGUCCUUCCUGUGGGUCCCCUCACUGAUGAAGACAAGAAAGAGCUGGAGACCAUCCAGAACACUUUCAGCUCUAAAGCCAGUGACCUUACAAUGAUUCUGUUCACUGUGGAGUCAGAUCCCACAGCUACAGAUGUGGAUAACUUUGUAAAGGAAAACAAGGCCAUCCAGGAGCUCCGUCAGAGCUGUGGAGGAAGACAGUUUGUCCUCAACAUCAGGGACCAGCAGCAGAUCCCAGAGCUGUUGGAUGCUGUAGAAAAGAUGAGAGUUGAAGGAUCCAGAUGCUUCACAAAGGACAUGUUCACCAAGGCUCAGAUGGAGAAGGUCUUAGAACUUAAAGCUGAACUGCAGAAUGUAAAGCAGAGAAGUGCCAUGGAAGGUUACGGUGAACAUGAGAGCAGAGAGCCUCUCAGGAUGGUGCUGAUUGGGAAGACCGGCAGCGGGAAGAGUGCAACAGCAAACACCAUUUUGGGCAAAAAGCAUUUCAAACCCAGAAUGGCCCCGAAGCCAGUGACCACGUUUUGUGAGAAAGCAACAGGAGAGAUUGAUGGGCGUCCUGUUGAUGUCGUCAACACCCCUGGCUUGUUUGACACAACUCUGUCUGAUGAUGAAAUUCAAGAGGAGCUUCAGAAAUGCCUCAGCAUGUUGUCCCCUGGACCUCAUGUGUUCUUGCUGGUGCUGCAACUUGGGAACUUUACACAAGAUGAAAAAGACUCUGUGGAGCUGAUCAAAAAGGUUUUUGGCAAGAGUUCAGGAGAUUUCAUCAUCCUUAUAUUCACCAGAGGAGAUGGACUGGACGAUCAGUCAUUUUGGAGUUACAUCAAAGAUUGUGAUGACUUUGUCAAACAACUAAUAAAUGAUUGUGGAGGGAGAUACCAGGUGCUCAAUAACAAAGAUGACAUAAACCGCACACAAGUCAGAGAGCUGCUGACCAAGAUUGACACCAUGGUGAAGAAAAAUAAAGGCAGCUGCUACACCACUGCGAUGUUCCAAAGGGCAAUGGAGGGAAUUCAGAAGGAACAGAUGUGGUCACAGGAAAUUGACAAAAGAAAGCUUGAAGAAAGGCAACAGAAGCUUGAAGCAAAACUAUCAGAAAUGGAACAGAGAGUUAAACAGCAAGGUAAACAAAGAGACCUUAAAAUGGAAGAAGAAAUUAAAGAGUUGAAACAAGAACUGGAAAACAUAAAGAAACAAGCUGAAAAGAAAAACAACUGUUAUAUCCUCUGA